AUGGAUGUCUCUCAAGCUGUCUCCGGAUACAUCUCCAAGAUGAUGCUAUCCUCGGGCGAUCCUUCAUCCUCAAAAAUGAAGGUUCUGUUGCUAGAUAGGGAGACUAUUUCCAUUGUCUCAACGGCCAUCACACAGUCCUCGCUGCUUGAUUAUGAAAUCUAUCUCAUUGACCGCCUGGACAAUGCAAGCCGCGAGAAGAUGCGCCAUCUCCGGUGUAUCUGCCUGGUUCGCCCCUCGUCGGAGACAAUACAGCUGCUCAUAGAUGAGCUUCGGGACCCAAAAUAUGGAGAGUAUUACCUAUUCUUCACAAACGUAGCCAAGAAGUCUGCCCUAGAGCGGCUUGCCGAGGCGGAUGACCACGAAGUCGUCAAGGUUGUGCAGGAGCAUUUUGCCGAUUACAUUGUCAUCAACCCCGAUCUAUUCAGUCUCAACAUGUCUCUUCCGCAGCAGCGGAUAUGGGCUGGUGGCCCGGAUAAAUGGAAUCCCGAUUCUCUUCAGCGUUGCUCGGAAGGUCUUCUGGCUGUGCUUCUCUCCCUGAAGAAGAAGCCGUUAAUCAGAUACGAAAAGAGCAGCCCCCUUGCUACAAAACUAGCCUCCGAAGUACGCUAUAUAAUGACCAAAGAGGACCAGCUAUUCGAUUUCAGGAAAGUCGACACGCCCCCCAUACUUCUCAUAUUGGAUCGCAGGGAGGAUCCUGUGACACCUCUGCUCACCCAGUGGACUUACCAAGCCAUGGUUCACCAUCUUCUGGGUAUCAAGAACGGCCGAGUUGAUCUUAGCGAUGUUCCGGAUAUCCGGCCUGAGCUCAAGGAAAUUGUCCUCUCCCAGGACCAGGACCCAUUCUUCAAGAAGAAUAUGUACCUGAACUUUGGCGACUUGGGCGGAACGAUUAAGGAAUAUGUCGAGCAAUAUCAGUCCAAGACAAAAAACAAUGCCAACAUUGAGUCAAUAUCUGAUAUGAAACGGUUCAUCGAAGAAUAUCCGGAAUUUCGGAAGCUCUCCGGGAAUGUGAGCAAACAUGUUACGCUUGUAUCUGAGCUCAGCCGGAGAGUUGCUGCCGAGAGCUUGUUGGAAGUCAGUGAACUCGAGCAAAGCUUGGCUUGCAAUGAUAACCAUAGUUCUGAUCUAAAGGCCGUACAAAAAAUAAUCCAGUCCCCUAAUAUCACAACAGGAAGCAAGGUUGGUGUCGUAGCUCUAUAUGCCUUGCGCUAUCAGAAGCACCCGGCAACCGCCCUUCCUAUGCUCAUGGAUCUUCUUGUUGCAGCUGGCAAUGUAUCUACAAGACAAGCAGAUCUGGUCAAGAAAGUCCUGACCUAUCAUUCUUCAUUACAUACCUCGGAUUCCCGAACUGGCAUUUCAGAUAUAUUUGACUCGGCCGGCAUCUUCUCUGGCACUGCAAACCGGUUCAAGGGGCUCAAGGGAGUGGAAAACGUUUAUACGCAGCACAGCUCGCUGUUGGAAGGCACCCUGCAGAACCUAAUCAAGGGUCGACUAAAAGAGCAGCAAUAUCCAUUUGUGGAGGAUGGCAGUUCUACUAGAGAUAAGCCGCAGGACAUUAUCGUUUUCAUGAUUGGAGGUGUGACGUUUGAGGAGGCCAAAAUGAUUGCCGGAGUCAAUGCCACGAUGCCCGGUGUGCGCGUGGUUCUCGGUGGCACGUCAGUUCAUAAUGCGACAACAUUUUUGGAGGAGACUCGGACAGGCGUUGACGACACGACAUAUGAGAUGAGUGCCUUAUUACGUCCUCGAUCGUUUCACUGGCGCCCCAGUCUGAGACAUCGUCGGACUUUUUCGGAGGGGCCGCAAAGAGAGAAAACGCCAGCUAAAUUGUACAACAGAGCCUUCGAUGUCGUCGUUAUAGGCGGUGGGCAUGCCGGCGCCGAGGCAUGCGCUGCUGCUGCGAGAGCCGGUGCGCGGACAGCCCUGGUCACACCCAAGCUCGACAAUCUGGGAACAUGCUCCUGCAAUCCGAGUUUUGGAGGCAUUGGCAAAGGAACAAUCAUUCGGGAGAUUGAUGCACUGGACGGCUUGGCUGGGAGGAUCAUUGAUAAGGCUGGUGUCCAAUUCCAUUUGUUGAAUCGCAGGAAGGGACCGGCUGUCUGGGGCCCGCGUGCACAAAUUGACCGAGACCUUUACAAAAAGUAUAUGAGAAGCGAGCUCGAAACGUACCCGAAUUUAUCGAUUGUCCUCGAAAGCGUGUCGGACAUCAUCCUAGCAGAGAACGAAGGCUCCAACGAAGGUACAAAGGGCACAAUUGCCGGUGUCCGACUCGAGAAUGGAGAAAUCCUACAGACCGGAAAAGUAGUCAUCACUACCGGGACAUUUCUGGGGGGCGAGAUACAUAUUGGGCUCGAGGCUUAUCCGGCUGGUCGCAUUGGAGAAGCAGCGACAACGGGCUUGAGCAAAUCACUACGGGAAGCUGGUUUCCAACUUGGACGAUUGAAGACGGGAACCCCACCGCGACUCGAUAAAUCGACUAUAAAUUUCGAUAUACUACAGAGGCAGCUGGGCGAUGAUCCUCCAACUCCUUUCAGCUACUUAAAUACUCAAGUGGCUGUUCAAGAUCAGCUUACUUGCAGCAUCACAUUUACCAAUGAGGCUACGCAUAAAGUUGUUCGAGAAAACUUGGAUAAAUCUAUUCACAUUCGUGAAACCGUCAAGGGCCCAAGAUAUUGCCCCUCUCUUGAGUCAAAGGUCAUCCGGUUUGCGGAUAAGGAGCGUCACAUCGUCUGGCUUGAACCAGAAGGCUUUGACAACCCCAUCAUAUACCCUAAUGGACUUUCCAUGACAAUACCCGCGGAGGCACAAGAGCAGAUAUUGCGUUCAAUACAAGGGCUGGAGCAAGUUAAAAUGCUGCAGCCUGGUUAUGGCGUCGAAUAUGACUACGUCGACCCUCGAGGAUUGAAGUCUACCCUUGAGACUAAGGCAAUUGGUGGCCUUUAUCUAGCGGGCCAGAUCAACGGCACCACGGGAUAUGAAGAGGCUGCUGGUCAAGGAGUUAUAGCUGGUAUGAAUGCUGGACGAGCUGCUCUUGGAUUGCCCGGCGCCUCAUUAUCCAGGUCGGAUGGCUACAUUGGCAUCAUGAUUGACGACUUAAUCACCAAGGGUGUUACGGAGCCGUACCGCAUGUUUACAUCCAGAAGCGAGUUUCGCAUGGCUGCCAGAGCGGACAACGCUGAUCUCCGACUAACCGAAAAGGGACGAGAAUGGGGAGUCGUCUCUGACCAUAGAUGGAGCGCUUUCUCGGAUGAGAAGCAACAGAUCCUGGAUCUCACUAAAUCCCUUGCUGCUGUUUCUUUGGCGCCUGAUGAAUGGAUAAAGGCAGGAUUCCAGUUGAAGAAGAGCUCUCAGCGCCGAAGCGGCAUUGACAUGCUGCGGCUUUCUAAUACCGCCGAGCGAGUUCAAUUGGAUCAGCUCAGCUCCAUCGUGCCCGAAGUCCUGAACUACUCGCCACGCAUUCGAGACAGAGUUGUCAUCGAAGCGGCAUACGCUCCUUACAUUAAGAUGCAGGCGGCCGAGCGCGGGCGAUUCGUCAAUGACGAAAACAUCCGCCUUCCGCUUGAUUUGAACUACGACAGUAUCCCUGGUCUGGCCUUGUCAGAAAAGGAAGUUCUGAGGAGAACACGGCCUGAGACCUUGGCGCAGGCUCGUCGUGCAGAAGGCAUUACCCCCUCUGGAUGCAUUCGGCUACUGGCUUACAUUCGUCGCCAAGGGUCAUCCGCGGCGGCGCCUCUUGGUUUAGAAGGCGGAAGCCCUUUGGAUGCUCGUCUCCCAUGA